CUAGUGAAGGGAAUCACUUCCGGUACAGGAGGCGGAGUGAGGCAGCCGGCGCACAAUGGCUGCUCCAGUAGUGGAGAUAUUGGGCUCUGAUGAAGAGGAGGAGCUGCGGGCGAAGGCCCGGGGGAGGCCGAGGCUGGCGGAUACAGACCGGGUGCGGCGGAGGUUGGAGUCGCGGAAGAAGUAUGACUGCAGGCGGGUGUACCUGGGGGAGGUGCAUGGUGCCUGGGUGCUGCGGAGGGAGAGAGGCGGCGGGAUGACAGAGGCAGGCGGGGAGCCGUGGAGCGAUGCCAAGCUGGCGGCUUAUCUACUGGCCCUGGAGAGGCAUGGGAAACCCUGCGAGACGCUCCAGCCUGGGAAGCUGCCCAAAAACAGGCGAAGACGCUGUGUGAACAGUUUGCUGAGCCUAGCGACCUGGUACCAUGCCCACAGGACCCACUGCCCCCACGAGCCUGCCCUGUCUGAGCUGGACACAAGUCAUGUUCUGUACACUACAGCAGUGUGGCAAUGCCAGGAGGGGCACCGAUACUUCCAGGACCUGCGCUGCCCCCUCAAAGCAAUAAGCCAGAGAGGCUGCGAUGAUGGUGCCAGUUCUGAUGAUUCUUCCUCAAGCACGCCCCCUGUGGAGCAGUCGCCCGAAGUCUAUCACGUGGAACACCCAGUGCAUGCCGGCUUCCCCCACCUCUCUGAGAGCGUCAUCGAAUCUGGGGCACAGACUUCUGAGAGCUCAGAGACUGUAGUGUGUGUCCCCAUAGGAUCAGAUGAAGGGGCACUAUUUGGGGGGGUAUCUCAGGAGGAACUGGGGCAUGUGGUGGCUGCAAGCUGCCCCUCUCAGGUGAUCAUUAUCGCUGGUCCUGGGUAUGAGGCACUGACAGCUGAAGGAAUCCAUCUAAAUGUGGCAGAUGGAGAUGGGGAAGAACAUGAGACUUGCACAGCAAUGGAGGCCGUGUCUGCAUAUACACGAACGCACCCUGAAAAUGCUAGGAGCUUAGUGACAGUGCAAGAGGAAGAUGAGGAAGCAGAGUUCCACCCACAGCAGGUAGAGGCAGGAGGACAUGUAGCAGAGAUCUACCACCAUAUAUCCUAUGAUGAGUCUGUACAUGACCAGUAUGAUGAAGAAGAUGAUGAUGAAGAUGAUGAUGAUCCGGAGCUUGUAGAAGACCCUGACUACACAUCAGAUUAUACACCGCACCCCCAAAAGGAGCCUGCAAAGAAGAAAAGCCGCCCUAACCGGGUACGGAAAGACGAUGGUGUUCUUGAGAUGUACCACUGCCAGUAUGAGGGGUGUUCACAGGUGUACAGGGCUCUCAGCAGCUUCCAGAACCAUGUCAAUCUGGUCCACAAAAAGGGCAGAACGAAAGUGUGUACUGAACCCGGCUGUGGGAAAAGCUUCUACCUGACCAAUCACCUGCGCCGACACAUGCUCAUACACACAGGGGAACGGGAUUUUAUCUGUGAAACGUGCGGGAAAUCCUUCAAAAGGAAAAGUCACCUGCAGGUCCACAAAAGAACCCACACCGGGGAGACCCCCUUGCAGUGUGAGGUGUGCGGGUACCAGUGCAGGCAGCGGGCCUCCCUGAACUGGCACAGGCGGAAGCACCGGGAAGAGAUCAGUUACAGCUUCUCCUGUGAGUACUGCGGCAAGCGCUUUGAGAAGAAGGAGAGCGUGAAGUUCCAUAAGCUGAAGAGUCACCCCGAUGAGAAGCCCACCUGAGGCGGCGGCUGGGGGGCUCACCCUUCCACUUGGCUUCCAUUGGAUGCAGACUGUGUAUAGCCAUCAGUAUGGGCCAGCCAGGCGCCUACCCUCCAUGUGUGAAUGAAGGGACAUGGCGUAGUUGUAGCACUACCAGGAGGGGGCGUUGCAGGCUCCCCCACAUCACUCCCUAGAUUGCUUCCCCACUUAGUGUUAGCGGAGGGGUGUGAGGCACUGGAGCAGAACUGCCCUGCACUAGAGGACGCCUAUGAAUCCCACCCUGGCCUACUUGAAGUGCCUGUUUCCCACCCCUGCUUUUGUUAAACUGCCCGGUAUUUAUUAUUUCUACUGAUGUUCAGUAUUAGUUCAUUAAAAACAAUUUUCCCAGCA